AUGGCAAGUGCACCAGCUCAGAUUCCGACUAGCUUUGGCCAUGAGCUCCGAGCUUGUCUUCGUUGCCGACUCGUCAAAACCUAUGACCAGUUUAGGGACGCUGGGUGCGAGAAUUGUCCUUUCUUCAAGAUGGAAGAAGAUCAUGAGCGUAUUGUGGAGGUUACUACUCCUAAUUUCAAUGGUAUAAUCUCUGUGAUGGAUCCAACUAGAAGCUGGUCAGCUAGGUGGUUAAGAAUCGGGAAGUUUGCUCCUGGUUGCUACACUCUUGCCGUCUCUGAGCCACUCCCCGAGGAAAUGCAGCACUUAUGCCAAGAAGAGCGUGUACAAUAUGUUCCGCCGAAACGCAUGUGA